AUGUCCCAUCGGCAGCACCGGCAGCAUCGCGCACAGUCGAAUGCGUCGGCAACAUCUACCGCGCCCACCACAUCCUCGUCCCUCAGCCGCCCGCCACCCGCCCUCCGAGGGCCAGCAUCGCGCCUCACGCCGCGCGCGUCCCACCCGCACGUCUCGCUCGUGUUUGCGCGCGGCGACGCCGCUGUCCCAGCCGGCCCGCCAAGCCUCCGCCGCAUAGCCAACGGCGCCAGCCCGUCCGAGGAGGCCCUCUCGCGCCAGCUCGACCGCGACGGCGCCGGCGAGAGACUCGGCCUGCGCUCACGCCGAUCGUCCACCGCGACCCUGGCGUCCGUGAGGACAGAGUACAACGCCAGCGUUGUCGCGCUUGGAGUCACCAGCCCCGCGGUUUUGGAAGAGGAAGAGCCGGUCGCCGGCCCCUCCCGCCUCGGAGCAAGCUCCACCAUCCCGUCGCGAUCCCCAUCGCCGGCGCCUUCGUUACCUGGACUCCCUAUUGACCAGUUCCACUCGCUCCUUCCCCGCCCGUCACUCGGCGGCACAGCGUCCGGUACGUCGACGCCUCAGCGCCGGCUCAACCCCAAGAGCUCGAGCACGUGGAGACGCUGGAACCCACCGACACCGUCCUUCCCAAAGUCAAAGUCGAGAGACACGAGCCGAGAUCGUAGAGGAUCAGUCGCGUCGCAGCAGCGGCCAGAUAACACUGUUGCGCCGCGACCGCUACCAGAUAGCACGCCCGUGGUUGCGCCGAACGCCGAUCAACCUGAAACCGCACCAGCCUCCGCGGUCGAAGACAUCGCCGCGGUUCCCAUUGCUCAACGUGCAAUUAUCCCACCCGCCGCCACUGCAUCUGUUAAACCUGAAGAUAUCCCACCCCCAGCAUCAAUGGACGAGGCUGAACCGCAAGCCCAAGUCGACCCUGUGGUCGAUACGUCGGCACUAAAGGCUGCACCUCCACCUGUCCCUGCCCCGGACGCGCCAGCCGCUAGACGGGCACCAGCGCCCAAGGUUAUCGAGGCUGCGCCGCUCACCGCUGAGCCAGAGGCAGUGGCAGUAGAGGAAGUCGCCGCGCCAGCGCCAGUCCCACUCGCGUCCUCGCCACCGUCUCUGAACGGUUCCGCCCACGCCCCGUUGACAAAGGUCAAAACCAACGCCAGCGAGGACACGAAUGGGAGUGGCAAACGGCGAAAGCUCUCAUCAAACGUGGUCCAAGAGCCAACACGGCCACCCUCUGUCGCCGCUGUUGCUGACGUACCGCCCGAACCCACGGCUUCGGCAGUCCCUGCCGCACCCUCAGAAGCUUCGAAUGCCUCGCACACAUCGAACGACGGAGUUCUUGUCACACGCGACGAACCCGCCGUGCCCACAGUCAAUGCCGUCGCCGUUGCAACACAGUCCGCUCAAACCGGCUGGGGCUCAUACCUCGUAUCUUUUGUCUACUCUGGUUCGUCCCAGCCAGCCCAGACGACAGACAAAGCUCCAAGUAUCAAGGCCCCAAGCACCAGGGAACCAAGCACAACAUCCACACACCACGUUGUUGAGCCCACAGACCCGGUGACUGACCAGAAGCCCGUCCAUUCUGUGGAGCUCGCCCAGCCGGUGCCCUCGGUCGAGAAGACGCAGCCGACACAGCCUUCCGCCCAGCUCAUUGAGCCGCCGACGCCGAGGCCCACACCGCAGCCCACUACCUUGAUCGAUGCCGACACAGCAGAGCCUUCGGCUUCAGCCAUCACCACAUCACCGCCGCAGCAGCCCAAGCUGGCGACAUCGUCCUCGUCGACCGGCUGGCUCCAGUACCUCGCAUUCCGCGCCAGCCAGAAGAAGAUUACAGGAUCGACCUUGGGCUCGGAAAGAGACGGUAGGCGCAGCGGAGAGACUGUCCGCGAAGAGGUCAUGGACUUGGAUGGCGACCCCAACUUUCCUCCGGCCGAGGUUGUGCCACCACCAGCCGCGACACAGCCAGCCCCAGCGCUCCUACCUCCUAUCACCACUGUGAAGGAUCCCAAGGUGGACACCAAGACGGCCAACGGCAGCGCCGCUGUUGCAUCUGCAAACUCGACUCAGCGCCUCACACACAAGCGAUCGCAGAACCUUGCGCCCCAGACACAGGCCAGACGCCAGUCCAAUGCAUCGUCCUCGGCGAGCAUUCCCCCGAUGCCCCCGUCCCCACGGACGACGGCUAGUGGGGCUGCUCAGCAGCCUGUCAAGACGAGCACGUCGUUGCCUCCUCCGCCAAAGCCUCCUUCUCGGCAGCCGAGCCUCGUCAUUCCAAGCUUUACGUCGACGUUUGACCGCCCACCACGAUCGUUCCUCCCUCGCCAGCGCAACACUGCGGCUGGCGUCGCUGCCUCCACCUGGCGCGCGUUUGGCGCCGUCAGCAGCUAUGUUGUUGGCGACAAGACCGAAUCUCCUGAGGAGACGCGCGGGAAGAAGGAGGGCCGCGACGUCGGCAGCGACCUCCCUCGCCGAAUCGGACUCUUGGGCACGGGUAACCCAGACGACGGGUGGAAGAAUGUCAAGCGUAUCGCGGUCAUUGGUGUCCACGGCUGGUUCCCGGCGAGGAUGCUCAACACUGUUAUUGGCGAGCCCACCGGCACGUCGGUCAAGUUUGCGACCAUGAUGGGCGAAGCCGUCAAGCAGUUCUUCCAGGAACACAAUGUCGAUGAGCAUGACAUUCGCCUCACCCUCAUCCCUCUCGAAGGUGAAGGCACAAUCGAGCACCGUGUCGACAAACUCUACAAGGCGUACUUGUCCAACCCCGCGUGGAUCAACGACGUUCGCCGAGCCGACGCAGUCUUGUUUGCAGCCCACUCGCAGGGCUGUAUUGUGACGACGCAUCUCAUCUCACGCAUGAUCGCCCAGGGCCACAUUCGCACGCCUCUGAACAAGGACGCAAUCGCCAGAUGCGAGUGGGCCUUUGGACCUAUCGCCAUUGUGCCUGACGAAGCCUCACGCAAGGGCCGCCGGCUCGCCGAGCGGCUAUCGGGUGCCGAGGGAGGACGGCAAAAGGUCGCCAUGCUCGCCAUGUGUGGCGUGCACCUCGGACCGCUCUACUCGAUCAGCACGUCCAACGUCAUCCAACCCUACCUCCAGUGGUUUGAGAAUGCUGCGGCUCGAGAGCUGUUCGAGUUCCAGGACUCGAACUCGGCCGUUAGCCAGGCCUACCAACGCGCUCUGUCCAUGAUCCUGGAGAACGAAGUCAAGAUCCUCCUCCUGUCCUCCAUCAAUGACCAGGUAGUACCGAUCUACGGCGCGUCCUUCUCCACAGCCAACCACCCGAACCUGCUACGCGCGCUCUUUGUCGACGGCGCCUCGUACUCGGCUUCCGACUUUAUGACCAACCUCAUCUGCUUUGCGUUCAUGCUUCGCAACGCGGGCAUUGACGACCAGAGAUUGGUCGAACACCUGUCUGAAGCCACGGCUGGGUCGCUCACCGGUGUCGGCCACUCGAGCCCGUACGAGGAACUCGCCUGCUACCGCCUAGCUGUCGAUUACCUCUUCUACGCCGGGCCCGCAGCGCACCCACUUCCCCCGCUCGAGGUCGAGACGUUUGCAGCCCGUGACGCGCGCAAUGACUUUGAGCUCCCGUGGAUUAUGCGUGCGAUUGUGGACAGCCCCGAGGUCAAGGAUCUCUUCCCGGAGGAGCUCAAAGACCUCCGAGAGAGCAUCCUGGCGUGGAAGCCCCAGACCAAGAUCCUGCGGGAGAUCAAGAAGCGCCUCGAGCCGAUGGCGGGCAGGCAGCGUUUGCGCCCCCUCGCCACCUCCAACUCGUCAACCUCGCUGUCCAGCAUGGCAGACACUACACCCAAGCCCGCAAGCAAAGCCCCACAGAGCCGCUUAAGAACAAGCGAGUAGGCGCUUCUCCUGUAUAGUAUCCGACGUCAGCAUACACACUCCUGCAUUACUACCUGUUGCUCCCUCACUCUCUAUCACCAUUUUGUACGUCGUAGAUCCUACAUGCAAACGCAUUGUGCCGCAUAGA